CCCCGCGUUCAAAAUACGUCUAGGCGUUGUUCGUAGUGGCGAUCUCUGUGCGGGAGCCGAACGUCUUCUGUUGAUUGACGAAGCAAGAGGCAGGUCAACAGCGCGACACUUUGCAUUCUGACCGGAUUCUGUUGCUGAUGACAGCAUGCUGUCUUCGUUGUAAAAAUAAUUUAGGAUUCGUAAAUGUGAUGAUACACAGAUAAUUUAAGACAAACUUAAGAAGAUAAAUCUAACAGACGUUUUUGGAAUUUAAAGUGCAGAUUUAUACAACUUUGAAAUUUUAAAAUUUCUUUCCUGCUGCAAGAAAUACCUGCGGAUAUAUAAUGUUUUAAACCUUUAUACACAAAAAGACUUUUAAAACGGUGAAUGGGACAGAUACCGUCCUUGACGUGAACGCAGAUCUCUUGAAGCUAACCUGGCGUCGGUGGGCAGAAAACACUGCAGAGUGCGGCGUCCAGCCCCGCGCCAUACCAUGUUUGUGUUGGUGUGUGUCCAGCUGCUAGGGCUUCUUCAUGGCAUUACCUCAAUACAAGGAGCAAAGCUGGACCAACUUCAGAUUGUUGACGGGUUACUGAAAAAAGACUACGAUCGGCGCGCCACACCAACCAACCAUCUCAAUAAUGCUACCACGGUCUACUGUGAGCUAUACAUCCGGAGUUUUGGUUCAAUCAGCCCCGCUACCAUGGACUACGAGGUCGACCUAUACCUGAGGCAGAAAUGGCAGGAUGAGAGACUCAAGCACUCGGAAAUUACGGAAGCUUUGGAUCUCAACGACCCGAAUCUGGUGAAAGCUAUAUGGAAACCGGAAGUGUACUUCCCUAACGCAAAACACGCCGAAUUCCAGUACGUCACAGUACCGAACGUUCUAGUGCGCAUCAACCCAGAUGGCGAGAUAUUGUACAUGCUCAGACUGAAACUGACGUUUUCCUGCAUGAUGGAUCUUUCGAAAUUCCCCCUUGACAGUCAAGUUUGUACAAUGGAAGUCGCCAGCUUCUCGAAAACAAUUGAAGAGUUGAGUCUGGAAUGGAAGACAAUGAAUCCCGUUAUCAUGGGAAAAGGUCUACGUAUGCCCCAAUUUGAAAUAGUAAAGAUCGCAGCUUCUGAUUGUCAGGAGUCAUUCCAAAUCGGUAAUUACAGUUGUUUGGUCGCAGAGUUUCACUUGAGUCGCUCAGUGGGCUUUCAUCUGGUACAAAGUUACCUGCCAACCAUCCUCAUAGUUGUUAUUUCAUGGGUCUCCUUCUGGAUGGACGUGGAUUCAGUACCUGGUCGCACCACCCUGGGAGUUACCACUCUGCUCGCAGUAUCUUCCCAGUCGUCAGGGAUCCAGAGUGGACUACCACAAGUGAGCUAUGUGAAGGCCAUUGAUGUGUGGAUGGGGACCUGCACUGCGUUUGUUUUCUGUGCUCUUCUGGAAUUUACAUUCGUGAAUUACAUGUGGCGCAAACAGCCAGUUGAGGUGUUUGAUAAGAAGAAGUCCCCAGAAGCUGUCAAUGGAAAAGCAGUAGAUCAAAGCCCAGAAGAGCCUGACUCAGCUGUUGCAGUUACUGUGAAGAAAUGCGCAAGAGCAGAUGAUUCUAUGCUUGGCUGUGAACCAAGGACAACUCACAACAUGUGUGCAGGCAGUGAAACACUGCCCAAAAAUAAGAUUAGAGCUCGCCGUAUUGAUGAGCUCUCUCGGUUCUGCUUCCCCCUUACAUUUGCUGUAUUUAAUCUCUUCUAUUGGUCAUACUACCUCUCCUAACUUGAACGUAAGAGCACAACCACAAUUUCAUCUCGAGCAACCAUCAUGGCUACCAAGACUACUCAUAUCUUCUCUGUAGAGUUUGGGUUGAAAACAAAGAAAUUGCUAUGGAAAAUAUUGUACUGAAGGGUGGUAACAACUGCAGGGCUGAAAUAUAUAAUGGUUUAGCUCACGCUAUUCUUCCACUAAAUGUAAUAAAGAUGCAUAUAUUAUCACUCUAUUGGAAUUAAAUGAAGUCUACACAUAUUUUCAAACCACUGCAGCUUAUUAAAACUCAAAAGAAAUAAACUGAAUAAAUAACAUUGUAACUUAUAAAUUUGAAAGAAAGACAAUAUACAAUGGGUUUUAUAAAAAAUAAAUUUUGCAAACAUGUAUAUCAAAUUUGGCAUUUUGAUUUUAUACAGAAUUAGCUUUAAAAAGUUAUGAAACAUACGUAAUGUAAUGUAAUAGCUGACUCUGAGUCAAACAAUCAAAAUCAAGCAACCAGUCAGGUCAAAGAACCUAAUAAAUAUGAUGCAAGAAUAAUAUAAAUUAUAUUAAAGUACUGGUAAUUGUCUUCAAAUGUGUAAACUGGUUUUUGAAGAAUAGGAGUAUUCAAGCUGAUUGCUUAUAAUAAAAAUUGACAUAUAUUAUCUCCUUAAAAAACCAGAAUUUAUGAAUGCAUGGAUAUAAAAUGAGAAAGGUGUAAGCAUUAAAAUAAAAGACUAAUUUCAAGUCUAAAAUUAGCAGUAGCUGUGAAAGUUAGUAUGAUUUCCCAUCAUUACUUUUCAUACUGCCCAUUCAGGAUGGACACAGUGAACUGAUUAUAGGUGCAGGUAAUAUUUCAGCUCCUUUUGUUUACUCAUUUGAAUACCUUAUAAACAACUGUAUGGAAUUCUGUAUCUGAAAUGUUAUCAUCGCAUAAUAAUAAAAAUCACUAAUCAAAAGAGUGAGUAAAUUAUAACGUAAAAUAUCUUUUUUGUAUUGUCAAGGUUCAUGUGUUAAGAAUUGUGAGAAUGCCUAUAAGAACAGUUUCAUUAAUUUUUAAAUAGCGGUAGCUAAGAUCGUUUUCUAUUGCAACCAAACAUAUUCUGAAUGUUCCAUCUUACUACAGAAGAAGUGCCUGAAAAAAUUUGAGUCCUUUGACAUUUUAAGAUAGGUCACAGCAUUAUUCUACAAUCUGCCAGAAAUUUUUGUCACAUUUAUUUUAAGGCUGAGAUGCUAGGGUAACUAAAAGUGGGAAGUAUACAAAAAUGAUUGAACUCAUUGUCAGAUUCAUUACAUCAUCCUUAAUUAUGUAAAAAUACUUAUAGAAACUGGUCCACACAUUGUUGUGUUACAUUUGUGUUUUGUUGCUCUCCAAAAUGAACUUGUAUUGCUUGAACCGGUUCAGAUGUAAUGUACUUUACAUACACUUCAAAUUUUACAAGUAAAUUCAGUACAGUCAGGGAUAAUAGAUAGCUAUUUUCCUCUGUUCAGUAUUCAUGUUACAAUUUUAUUAUUAAUAUUAUUAUUAUUCUAACUUUGAGAUGAUAUUCUUGUAUGCCAAGUAAAGUGGCAAACAUUUUUAACUGUAAGUAUCAUUACUAAGGAAAUUUAGUCUCAUUUUAGACCAAAGAUAGCAAUGAUUAAACCUCGACACAGAGUUAAGUUUAUAAUUAUCACAGUGGACAUGCAAUAAUGUCUGUUGUCAUUCGUAGCUUUUAUGGGGAAGGGUAUUAAGAAUACUGAAACACUUAAAAUAACCUUCGUGGCUGUUAGUAAAUAAAUAUGGAAUGAACCAUCAGAACAAUUUUACAUGUUUGACUGUUCAGUAAACUUAGAUCUAUUAUAAUUCCACACUAAUCUUAUAACAUCCUUUCCUUGGAGAACAUUAAGUACUUCUUGGCAGGUUUUCAUUAUUUCUUGCCAAGUUCUUUUCAUGCCUUCCACUUUCUAAACCUAUCCUCUAUAAAAGAACUAAAUGUUCACAACUCCAUUAUCAAUAUGACCCUAGAUAUUUUACCAGUAGACAAGACACUGGCAUGAAAACGGCUAAUCCGAGUCCUUAGAUGGUUGUAUAUGCUCAAUAUGAUUCUGAUUUCUCAUUAUUAUAAGUACCUGGAUGCUUUUCAAAAUGGUGCACAACAUUGUAACAACACUGAUGCAAGUUUCUUUCUGUAUCUGAAAUGUAUUGAAAUUGUACAGAAACUGCUGAGAUACUACUUAGAAACACUUCAGAGAAAGGAUUUUAGAUGUUUGUUUACCAGUUCCCAUGAAAAUACACAAAAUUUAGACAUGUUUGUGACCACAUAGCUUGCAACAUGUAUACACUUAUAUAUCACUUUUUAUAGCAGUAUAGUUGCAGGUUUUAAUUUAUUUUUUCAGUGCUUUUAAUUGUGUGUUAAUUUGGUUAUUAUACUUAAAGUAUGUUGAUGAGAUGAUUAAUGAUAGGUAGUCUAAUAUGUAGAUGACUGUGUGACUGCUUCAGACUCUA